AUGGCUAGAACCAAGCAGACUGCCCGCAAAUCUACUGGUGGCAAGGCCCCCAGGAAGCAGCUGGCCACUAAGGCUGCGCGUAAGAGCGCGCCUGCUACAGGCGGUGUGAAGAAACCUCACCGCUACAGGCCUGGCACAGUGGCUCUGCGAGAAAUCCGCCGUUACCAGAAGUCCACCGAGCUUCUGAUUCGCAAACUGCCUUUCCAGCGGCUGGUGAGAGAAAUUGCCCAGGACUUCAAGACCGAUCUGCGUUUCCAGAGCUCUGCCGUCAUGGCUCUGCAGGAGGCCAGCGAGGCCUAUCUGGUUGGCCUGUUUGAGGACACCAACCUCUGCGCCAUCCACGCAAUGUCUGGAAGAGGAAAAGGUGGAAAAGGUUUGGGGAAGGGAGGCGCCAAGCGUCAUCGUAAGGUUCUUCGUGAUAACAUCCAGGGUAUCACCAAGCCCGCAAUUCGUCGCCUUGCUCGGCGAGGUGGUGUCAAGCGUAUCUCUGGUCUGAUUUACGAGGAGACGCGCGGUGUGCUGAAGGUGUUUUUGGAGAACGUUAUUCGCGAUGCCGUCACCUACACCGAGCAUGCUAAGAGGAAGACUGUCACUGCCAUGGAUGUGGUGUACGCUUUGAAACGUCAGGGUCGCACUCUGUACGGUUUCGGAGGCUAA